AUGGGAGUGUCAUGGGUCUUUGAACACGACAAAACCGCCAAAGAAGUAGAGCGCCUUUUAGAGGGCGGUGGUGCGGAACAAAUCGGCACGUACACUGUCGACUGUCUGCCGUACACACCAAAUGAUAAGCUUCAAAGUUGUAUUCAACAUAACUAUGUUCUUCAUCAUAGCAAUUUCCCGCAAAGCUCAUUCUCUAUAGCUCCAACUGACUGUCUACGUACAAGCCCAAGGACAGUAUGUGAUCUCGGAUUUGAUCUCAUUCUUACGAAACUUUCAUCUGGUCUUACACCUGACACGGCUGGCAAAUUUGAGCAAAUGCAAGGCUGCCUUCAUACUUUGCGUCGACGUUUCGAGGAUUUUGGGAAAAGUUGA